UAUGCCAAGCCACCAUUCCCGUGCUAUACGGUGGUCAGCGGAAGAAAUCACGAGAAUAACAUUUUGCUAGUACACACUUGGACCUCGCUAUCUAGCUGGAGCAUGGAACUCUCGAACCUAUAAAGCAGAAGCAGAGGGAUCUUGAUCGACACGCAGAUCAAAGCUAGAGAGAUAUACAGAGAGCGCUUGCUAGAGCGCUCGCCAGAGCGAGAGAGAGGAAGAGGGAGAGCAUGGCAGCGGGAGGAGAGCACGGAGCCAAUGGGCUGCAAGAACACGCCGGAGCUCUGGAGGAAGGCAGAGGAGGAGAGAAUCAAGCAGGGUGCGAAACUUCAGAGCAGGCUCUGAACAGAACCGGCAAGCAGCCCAUGCUCUCCGUCCAAUUCGUGCAGAAGAUCCUCGCCGAGAUCUUCGGGACCUACAUGCUCAUCUUCGCCGGCUGUGCGGCGGUGGCGGUGAACCUGAGGACGGGCGGUACGGUGACGUUCCCGGGCAUCUGCAUCACCUGGGGCCUCACCGUCAUGGUCAUGGUCUACUCCGUCGGCCACAUCUCCGGCGCGCACUUCAACCCCGCCGUCACCUUUGCCUUCGCCACCUGCGGCCGCUUCCCAUGGAAGCAGGUUCCGGCGUACGCGGCGGCGCAGCUUCUUGGGUCGACGGCGGCGAGCAUCACGCUGCGGCUCAUAUUCGGGACCGAGCACUUCUUCGGGACGGUGCCGGCGGGGUCGGACGUCCAGUCGCUGGUGCUGGAGUUCAUCAUCACCUUCUACCUCAUGUUCGUCGUCUCCGGAGUCGCCACGGACAACAGAGCGAUUGGUGAACUCGCCGGCCUGGCCGUUGGAUCUACUGUCGUACUAGUGGUGCUAUUUUCCGGGCCAAUAUCAGGAGCGUCCAUGAACCCGGCAAGAACCAUCGGCCCGGCGAUUAUCCUCGGCCGCUACAAGGGCAUCUGGGUGUACAUCGUCGGGCCGGUCUGCGGGGCGGUGGCCGGCGCGUGGGCCUACAAUCUCAUCCGGUUCACCGACAAGCCACUGCGGGAGAUCACCAGGACUGGAUCCUUCUUGCGAAGUGCGAGGAGAUGAGCUAGGACAACUGAACUGAUUUCGCAGUGUUGUAGCUUCAAUGUAGUGUGAUGCUGAUGAAAUGUCGUUGUAAUACGGCGAUUGCAUAGUUAGUUUGUUCAACUUUUUUUCUCUUGGUCAUUUUAUUACACAUCUGUAUAUUUGCGUGUAUCGUUUGGCUCAGCCGUUGUAGGAUUGGACACC